UCAAUCCUAACCAAAUCUUAUGGAUGUAGCAAUUUUAUUUCAAAUUUUUUAUCCUUUUUAUCAUAUUAUAGAAAAAAAAUUUAGUAUAUCGCACAACAUAUUAUUAUCUGUUAUGAAAUGUCCAUUGAGAUUGUAAAAUUAUACAUUGACAAAUGGCACAUAAAAUCAACCAUCAGUCAAAACUCAAAACCUAUGACAUUACAUGAAUGACAUAGGCUUGACUGGCUAAUGAGGAAUUAAGUAAAUAUCAAUAUUUGGUUUGAAGAAUCUGGCUUUUAUGAAAAUUCCAAUAGACUUUAAGAGAAAGUCAGAUAAAGCAUAUAGUUUAUUGUUAUUUCUCGUUAACUGAAACCAUUGUAAACAUGAUAGACUGAUCUUGGAACAUUUAAAAUUUAUAUCAAGUCAAAUUCUGCAACUAAAUCGAUUAUCUAAAUGGGUGCACUAUCAAAAGUAGUCAAAGUAUUUAACACCUAUCCCUUUAGUAGGGGUCUGUUAUCAUACACUAUUAUAUUUCCUUCUUCGUGUUUGAUUCAACAAACUCUGGCUGGAAAUACCUGGGAGACGUAUGACUGGAAAAGAGUAUUUCGAUUCUGGAUAUAUGGAACUUUUUUUCUAGCCCCAGUAGGAUAUGGUUAUGUAAGAAUUAUGUCCAAAUGGUUACCACAUACAGAUCUGAGAUCUAAUUUUAAGAGGGUCCUCAUAGAUCAAACUACUUAUUCCCCUUUAAUGACGGUAGCGUUUUUUGGUGGAAUGUCUCUACUAGAAGGAAAAGAUCUGAAUGGUGCCAAAGAAGAGAUCGAACAAAAGUUCCUGCCAACAUAUAAGAUUGGUCUCGGAUAUUGGCCCAUUAUUCAAACUGUGAAUUUCACAUAUAUUUCUGAGAAGAAUCGAGUACCUUUCAUAAGUCUAUGUGGGAUGGUAUGGACUGUCUUCCUGGCAUUCAUGCUUCAAACAAACCUACCAAAGAAAGACAAAAAAAACCUACCGAAAGACGAUUAAGGAUCUACUGAAGGGUUCGGGAAAAACACUCGAAACUUAUGAUUGGACGACUCCUCUGCGAUUUUCGAUAUAUGGUGGUCUCUUCACUGCUCCAACACUUUACGCAUGGGUUAGAUUUACCACGAUCAUGUGGCCGACGCCUGGUUUGAAAACGGCAGUGUUCAAG